UUGUGAGCGUGGACAGUCGGGAGGCUCACCUGAGCUCUCUGAUGCUGGAGGCGGAGCGUCGGGCGUCGGACCUGGCAGCGCAGGCUCAGAGGGACGGGCUGUCGCUGGAGGCCUGUCACAAAGACAAACAGCUGAGAAUCUGGGAGUGGAGGAGCAAACUGUACAAACGCAUGAGGACGGGCUUCCAGCACGCACGAGCUCCGGAGGCCCCGUCUAUGGUUCGUCUGAGCGUGAGCAGCAGCAGCACACUGACCGUCACGUUUCAGGAGCCGCAGUGUCUCAACUCUACGGUGGUGACCAAGUACAGAGUGGAGUGGAGCUGUUUGAAGGACUUCUCUCUACUCUCUGGAGAGAUGGUGCUGGAUAACCUGCAGAGUCUGAAGUGCACCCUCAGCAGCUUGACCACGGGUCGACUCUAUUACGUUCGAGUGUCGGCCUAUAACAUGAAGGGGUGGGGUCUGCCCACUUCCUCGCUCCCCCCAUCUGCAGCUCCUUCCAAUUGGAGGGAGAGUGACGGCCGGGAGCCGAAGAGACGAGGACACAUCGAGGCCAUGGAGCGCCUGCUGCAGCAGGUCCGAGCCACACACACACACUACUGCUGCGGAG